GAGGAGGCCGGGGAGAAACAGCGACCAACACCCUCCGAGCGCAGACGGCGGCAAUGAAACAGGAACAGGAACCCCCCACCCAGCAACCAUGAGCCCGGUGACACGAACAGCCCCUUCGUCGUCGUCGUCGUCGUCGUCGUCGGUGUCCUCGUUCUCCUCGGUGUCCAUCGGCGGGAAUCGGGGCCGGGGGGACGGGCCAUUGGCCCCGCCGCACGAAACAAGCGACGCGAUGCCAAAUGCAGCCGGAGCCGAAAACAGCGGCAGUGACGGUGAGGACAGCGAAUGGAAGGGGAGCAGCGGGGCCGGCACCGAUUCGAGCGAAGACGAGCUUCCGGUCUCCACGCCCAAGCGGUCCCACCCGUCCCCAAAGAAGGGCCAAAAAUCAGGAAGGAAACAGGGCACCGGGGCCGACACGAAUCGUAGCAACAGUAAGAGGAGGAGGAGCAGCAACACUAGCAACAACAACAACAACAACAACAACAACAACGAACCAGACCCCCUCCCCGUGGAUGCCUCCGAAGAUCCACGGCCAGUCCCGCGGUUCCACCCCAGCGAGAAGGGAACGAACAAGCAGUGGCGGUGCGACCACGACUCGGACGACCACUCCUACAACGGCCUGGGCUUUGACGACUGGCGGAAGCGGGCCAAGCCACCGCCGCGGUCCAAGGCGAAGAGGGACGCCUCGGUCGAUUUCGACCGGCAGGGCGUCAAGGUCUGGGGGGAACGCCUCCUCUUCGAGACCCUUGACCCGACGGAAAUCGAUGCCCUGGUCGGGUGGGCGGCGGAAUCGGCCGGCGGGGGCAACAGCGGCGCCGGCGCCGGCAGCGAAACGCCGCCGCCCCGAAACCCCCUCCUGUCCCUCUCCGGGGAUCCCCCCCUCCCCCCGUCCCACACUUCCUACGUCGCGGGGAGGCUUCCGCAGGUCCACCGGGGCCGGUGGAACGGCGCAGCGGCGGCGGGUGACGGAAAAUCCCCGCCGGCGGCGGUCCCGGCCCUCGGGGACUCCGCGGCGGUGGCCGUGGGCAUCUGCCUGGAGGAGGCCCUCACGGCGUCCCUCCUGCCGCUGGCGGGCCUCCACGUGCUGAGGUGCCGGGCCCUCGAGGCCAUGGAGGCCGCGGACGGGAGCGGCCUCCCGCCCCUGGGCCUCUCGCCGACCGUCGCGCACCCGAUCACGGGGGAGGCGGUCCGGCUCGACCUGGCCCGGGGGAUCCGGUGGAAGACGGAACGGGCCUUUGGGGAGUGGACCCUCCCCCCCGAGGAAGCGAUCCUCAAGCUGGCGGAGCAGGGAAUGCUGCGGAGAAAAGGCCCGCAUUGCUCGGCUCCGGGGACCUCCAGGGUGCCGGGUCGGGAACCGUCCCCGGCCGCCGGGGAGGAAGGACCACGCCGCGGCGGCGGCGGCGAGGACCGGGACAACGAGAGCCAAAGCGAAAGCGAAAGCGAGGACCCCUUGGCCGUGCUGGAGGAACACUGCGGAUUGAAGCCCGGGGUCCUCUCCGCGAACCAAGAAAUCCUGGACCUCUUCGCAGAGAGGGAUCCCAAGCGACGACGGCCGUAAGGAACGGGAGUGGCGCACGCGAUUCCCCGUGGCAAGGCUUCGUUUUGGGAAAAAAUACGCUUGGAACAG